AUGAAUAUCAGUCUAAGAUCCAGUCAAUCUUCCUAUGGAGACCCACGUUAUCUAUCUACCGCUACCGUCUCCGAUGUUCAUGUGCCUUCUCCGCUGGGAAAGACCCUCGUUGAUGGCUACCGUGAUGCGGCCAAUCCUCAGACCGAAGACCGGGCGCGGUACAAUCCGCUUAACCCCGGUCGCCCCCAGAGCUCAGUCCUUGUAAAUACCAAUGAUCCCUUCACAAUGUACCUAUUAGCGGAGACUGCUAUCGGAGACAGCGCCAACUAUGAGGUCCUUUCAUUCGAGGAAGUCGAAGCUCUAAAAAAGGAGCGUGCACUUUUGGGUACCCGGAUCGAAGGAACGAAACGAAAACUCGCAUUGGAGACCAAACUCCGCGACGCAGCACAGUCGAUCGGACGUCUAUACAGCCCGCCUAGUCCACGAAGCAGCGGAGAGUACGCAAAUGCAAAAUCACAUGGGAGAAGUCGGAGUAUCUUUAGCCGAAAUGGAACAGCUCAAGUCCUCGAUAAAAGCGACUCCGAGCUAGCAACGAGUCAGCGAAAGUGUGAGGAGUUGGCGCAAGAGCUCUGGAAACUCGAGCGUCGGUCUCAACAGAUUAGCCAGCGUUUGUUGGAACACACAGCGGGUGUCCUGCAGAUGACCCAUAAAGGUCUCAGGAAGACCCCAAAAACUCAAGAUGCUCAGGAAUCAGAUGAUCUUUACGACGGCCAUGAAUUUGAUGAUCGCCAUCUUUACCGAACUGCAGAGCAUAUGGAUAAUUAUGGCUUGAAUGGAAGAAUUGAUAUCAAUCCUGCUGUUGCAGCAGCAGAUCACGAGGCUAUGCAGGCGACGGAAACACGACUGGAGGAGCUGAGCCAACGCAUCUGUAACAUGAUGAUUCAAUCCUCCCCAGAUGAAUUUAUCGACCCUCCGCCGCAAUCGGAGGACUCGGCUGAUCCCACAGCUACUGUCGAGGCUCAUUUAGCCUAUAUCGAAAACGGCAUGAAUGCUCUUGCAGCUCGUCCGCCCCAGCCUCCUAUCAUGGGCCCUGGAACUGCACCUGAAGCUGAGGGUGCCUGGCGGCAACACUUGACCGUGAUCAACAAUCGGGUUCAGAGCAUUGUUGAUCGCUUUGGUCUGACUCGAUCACCAACUUUGCCUCCACCUCCUAGCGCAACCGAUGGUGAGGGUUUGGAGGCGCAGCUCGGAUACCUCCAAACUGGUGUGGAUGGCUUGGAAAGUCGCGUGGAUGCACUGCUGGAGCAGAAGAGCAUCUUGACCACACAGAUCCAGCAGCAGCGUGAACUCAACUCUAAGUCCGAUGCGGAGCGAGAUGCUCACAUCGGUGAUCUGACUGAGCAGCUCGCUCACAUGCGCAAGGACCUUGAGAUUUCUCAGCGUGACGGCAAGGCUUCGCACGAUGAAUUAACCGUGAUGCAGCAGCAGCUCGAAAGCAUGCGCGACAAUGGCUCUUCUCCGGAAGAGGCCAAGGCCGCUUUGGUGCAGGCUGAGGGCGAGGUUGCCCGUCUCCAGAGUGUGGUGGACUCUCUGCAAAACGAAGUUGAUGUCCGUGCACAGGAGGCACUGGAGGCUAGUCAAUACGCGGAGCAGCAGUCGGCACACAUGGAAUCCACUAUCAGGGAGGCUCGUGAAGAGUCCGAUGUUCGUGUGCAGGAAGCCGUUGCAGAGGCCGUGCAGGAGGCGAUUGAUCAUCGUGUGCAGGUUGAGAAUCAGCUGGCUGAAUCUGAGGUCCAACGUGCUGAGAUCGAGCGUCAACUUUCCGAGGCCGAAACUCGACAUGCUGAGGUUGAGCAUCAACGUGCUGAGAUCGAGCGUCAACUUUCCGAGGCCGAAACUCGACAUGCUGAGGUUGAGCAUCAACGUGCUGAGGUCGCGCGUCAACUUUCCGAGGCCGAAACUCGACAUGCUGAGGUUGAGCAUCAACGUGCUGAGAUCGAGCGUCAACUUUCCGAGGCCGAAACUCGACAUGCUGAGGUUGAGCAUCAACGUGCUGAGGUCGCGCGUCAACUUUCCGAGGCCGAAACUCGACAUGCUGAGGUUGAGCAUCAACGUGCUGAGGUCGCGCGUCAACUUGCCGAGGCCGAAAGUCAACUUGCUGACAUUGAGAAGCAUCACGCUGAGUUUGAUCAGCAAUUCACAGAGGCCAGGGAGAGCAGGGCGGAUUUCGAGGAGCAACUCGCAGAGGCUAAGGAGCGUCAGGCUGAGGCCGAAGAGCAACUUGCUGAAGCUCAAGAGAGUCGGAUUGAGGCUGAAGAACAACUUGCUCGCGUCGAGCAGCGCCAGGCUGAGACUGAGCACGAACUUGAGCACGCCGAAGAGCGUCGAGCCGAGAUUGAAGAUCAACUUGCUGAGGCCGAGAAACUGCUUGCCGAGGCUAAGGAGCGUCGAGAUGAGGCUGAGAGCCAGCUGGCUCAUGUCGAAGAGUACCGUACUGAGACUGAGAAUCAAAUCGCUCAAGCUGAUGAGCAGCGAGCCUUGGUUGCGGAGCAGCUUGCUGAAACCGAGCAGAAAUAUGCCGAGUUUGAGAACCAGCUUGCACAGGCUGAAGAGCAACGUGCACAGGCAGAGCAAAAUUCCGAGCGCCUGCAGAAUGAAAUGACUAAUCUCGAAGGCGAGGUCGUACGCAUUACGACUGAGCUGACGAUGGUCAAGGCAGAGCUGGACGGUGCUUACGGUACCCGAGCUCAGCGAGCCGCAGAGGUCGCCCUCAAUCCCGAAAUCCAGGCGGAGAUCGAUGCUCUCAACACCCGGAACAUCGAGAUGGCACAAGAACUCGCUGAGCUUCGUGGCAAGCAAGGUAGCGGUGACGUUCAGAAACGCGCUGAUACACUCGAACGGGAACUGCGGGAGACUCUGGAUGACUAUGAAGUUAUGACGAAGGCCAGCAUCGAGUUUGAGAAGGAGCGGGAGCGCUUCGAAGGUGUCAUCGACAGUCUUCGUGACCGCUGUGAGCAGCUGGAGACCCAGCUCAGUGAAGAACGUAUCAACUGGAUGAAUCUCAGCAGCCCGACAUCGAUGGGUCGUGAUCCUACUUUGGAGACAACCUCGACUAUGGUGCUGAAGAACGAAUUUAAGAAGAUGAUGCGUGAUACUCGAGCUGAAAAUAUUAAGAUUCUUAAGGCGGAGCAAGAAGAACGUCGCAGGAUUGAAGGGCUGUUGCGAGCCCUAAGAAAGGAACAUGCACAGGUUACGGGCAAACCAUUGCCCAGUCCUGUUGGAACCCCAUUAUGA